AUGGUUAAGUUAAAACUGUCUGAAUAUUAUUUAAGCAUGCCUCAUUUAUUGCUGACCGUAUCUCCUAAUGGGCAAUAUUACUUUCAUACAAAUACGUUUUCAAGAGGCAUUAAGAACGAGAAAAUUGCACCUCGUAAUCCCAUAUACUUUGAAGUUGUUAAACAUGAUUUUCUUACAGGCGGAAUGAUACCGAAGUUAGUUUUAAUUACAACUAAAAACUCGGAAGUGAAAGCACAGCAACCGUUACGUCCAUUUAAUCCGUCAGAAAAUUUUAUUCAUCGAUGUCAUCGCAAUAUUGUCAGCAAAGAAUACAUCGAUUUCUAUCGUGAACAUACGGUGAAUCUGUCACCAGCAAUAAAACUGGGUGAAUUUCUCGUUAUCAUCGGUCAGUAUGACAAAGCACGAGACUAUUUCGAGAAUUUGCUGAAAACUGAUUACAAAGAUGAAGUUCACAUUUUGUACAAUCUUGCGUGGAUUGAUCAAUGUCAAGGCAGAUACAAAGACGCACAAGUCCAACUCGAUCGUGCCUAUGAACUUGAGAAUGAUGACGGCCAUAUAAUAAUAAUUGGACUCAGCAAGAGUGAUUAUCUAUUUACUCAAUGA